AUGUUUUUAGUUGAUAACGGUAUUCGUAUAUCACUUGAUGCCACGAAUGAUGAUGUAUUAUAUAAAUUAAAAUCGUCUAAUAAUAAAGAAGAAGAACUAAUAAUUUUACCUUAUUCAAUGGAAACAAAUGAUAUCUCAUUAUGUAUGUGUCAAGGUUAUACUGGUCAAGAAUAUGGUCAAACAUUAGUAGAUUAUGUAGAAAGCCUAUCUAUAGAAAAUAAAUCAAAAUCUAAAGUUGUUUGUUUGGGAUUGCAUACAUUUAUUGUGGGUACACCAGCGAAGUCUCUUCAUUUAAAGAAAGCCCUUCAAAGUAUUAAGCAAAUGCCGAAUGUUUCGUUUUUUAAUUGUGAACAAUUAUUAAAAUUAUGUUAA